AGGAGUGCUUUGGCUUCGGAAGGCUGUGUGCGAGGCUCUCCUGGGUCGGUCCCUUAUCCCUGGCCGCAUUGUGUCCUGGCGGGUGCCCACUAAGGAACCGCGCCAGUCACAUUUCUCCCAGAAAUCCUUCUUUGUCUCGCCACUUUUUCCUUCGGAAUUCCAAUUUUGGGGUGGCUCGUUGAGAACAGGGUAUUGCACCGUUUUGCCUUCUUGCAAGAUUACCAUUGGCGAGGAGAAAACCGGCCGGCCGGCCAGUCUCCUCUUGUCACCGAGGUGUGGGGAAACAAUUUGGGGCGGAGGGGGAGGAGGGGGGCCGCGGAUCUUUCCCGGCUCCCCCGUGGACGCCUGCAAAGCUGCCUGGACACAAGGAGGAGACGGGAAUCGCCGGCCGGACCAUACCGGGUUCGUACUCCCCAGAGGCCCGGGAUCGAGGAAGAGAUCUCUAUACAAGGACGUUCAGGGGGGCUCUGUCCGCGCGGCAGUGAAGUGCCCUUUGCGCCCCGGCGGGCCAGGCUUCCCUCUCCCAGUUCCCUGAGUACCCCGCGUGGGCUCCCCUUUAUCCCGGUUGCUUCCUCGUCCGCGGGAGAGAGCCCAAUGCCGCCGCAGCAGGGGGAAGCGGAGUACAUCAGCAAGCCAGUGCCGGGCUGCUGUAGCUGCGAGGUGCCGCCGGUGCCCCCGCGCCGGGUGCGCAGCAGCCGGGGCGCAGCAGCCGCCGCCCUUGGAGGCCUGGGGAACCGCUGUCGGGCUGGGGGCGCGGAGCGGCGGAGCAUCAAGUGCGUGCUGGUCGGGGACGGCGCGGUGGGGAAGACGAGUUUGGUGGUGAGCUACACCACGAAUGGGUACCCCACGGAAUACAUCCCUACCGCCUUCGACAACUUCUCGGCUGUUGUAUCUGUGGAUGGCAAGCCGGUGAGAUUGCAGCUCUGUGACACAGCAGGCCAGGAUGAGUUUGACAAACUUAGGCCUCUGUGCUAUACCAACACGGACAUCUUUUUGCUGUGCUUCAGUGUUGUAAGUCCUUCAUCAUUUCAAAAUGUGAGUGAAAAAUGGGUCCCAGAGAUUCGCUGUCACUGCCCCAAAGCUCCCAUCAUACUGGUUGGCACACAGUCAGACCUACGAGAAGAUGUGAAAGUCCUUAUUGAACUGGACAAGUGCAAGGAGAAGCCAGUGGCAGAGGAGGCUGCUAAGCUGUGUGCAGAGGAGAUCAAAGCUGCCUCUUACAUUGAGUGCUCUGCCUUGACUCAGAAAAACCUCAAAGAGGUCUUUGAUGCAGCCAUUGUGGCUGGCAUUCAGCAUUCGGACACUCAACAGCAACCAAAGAAAUCCAAGAACAGGACUCCAGACAAAAUGAAAAAUAUUUCCAAAUCUUGGUGGAAGAAAUAUUGCUGUUUGGUAUAAUGCUGCUGGCCAGAAACUCAGAGAAGGCUAUUUUUAAAAGAAAUACAAUUUAGAAGCUAUAUUAGCUUAAAUGACUUUUCCUUUCACUGUAUAGAAAAUGUGUAUGUAUAUAUGUAUAUAUGUAUAAAUACAUGUCACUGUGGGGAGAGCUCAAUUUAUGUUCUUUGUUUUAUUUCUUUCAAUUUCUUAUGUGAGCUAAGGGGGCAGACAUACUUUUAUGCAAAUGAUUUUUUAAGUAGAUUAAGAAAUUUCCUGCAAUCUGGUCAUUUAAAGCCCCAUUGCACAUCAUGAGAAGACACUCCAGACCUAGAUGAAGAUAGUGGAGUCUUGUUGUAUUUUAAUAUAUAGGUGGACAAAGGGGUCUGAUAGAUUAUGGAAAGAAGAAGAAGAAGAAGAAACCUUGACUUGAUUUAAGGCUUUUAAAUGACACAGUGGACUGUGAACAAAGGGCCAUCAGUGAGCAUUUGUAUCUUCUUGAAACAGUGCCUGCUAAAGAACAACAUUUUAAGCCUUAGAACUCUAUGCAAACUGCACUUUCACUAAAAACAAACAAAACAACAAACUAAGGAAACUUGCAAAGGCUUAUGUGUGUACAUCCUCAAAGUAAUUGGUCACUUCAGUUAUUUCAGUCAAGGGUAAGUGCCUGGUUAAUUCAAUGGGGAGGAAAGUCCAUCCAGGUGGUUAUUUGGCAUUGGUAGCCCCCUCCCAAAGCCAUGAUUUUUUUAAAAAAUCAUAUUUAAAUCAGAUGUAGGCAUUGGGUAGACCUGGGUCGAAUGACAUGGCUGUUGUUGAGUGAGUCUAUUGGAAUGUCUCCUCCAUUUGGUUUUAGGGAAUGACCAUAUUAAUGGGAGCAAAAUGCGGUCAUUAACUUCCUGACUCCUGCCCCAAAGGUCUCCUUUUUAGGGUCCAGAAUGUGUGCCCCAAAAUGCCUCCUUCCCGCUUUGUUCUAACUCCCAAGGCAGGACACUCUUUUCCGUGUGUCUUGAGAGCUUGCAUGGCUAAUUUGUACCAUCUGUAAGGCAUGGGAAUGCUCUUUUGAAGGGAGGUAGCAAAUGUUUGUGUGACACAAUGUAGCUUUUUUUAAAGUCAGCCAAUAUGUGCUCCUCAAUGUUUUCCCUUUACAUAAUGGCUGUUUAUGCUGCUGAUUUAACUUUAAAAAGAAAUGAAUGAGAAAUAAAGGAUGCUACAAUUACUGGGUUUUCAGGGAAAGGUCUGCCUUUUUCCUCAUUAGAAAGCUUUAUAUAUAUAUUUUAAAAAGAUCGUUUUGAUUCCAGCCCAGGUGCACUGUUAGAGGACUUUUAAUUGAAUCGUCUGCUGAGACUGCUUUAAAAAAAUACCAGCUACCCUAAAAAUCCGUGAAAGCAUUCAGUUAAAUGCAACAGAUGACUUUUUCCUAAAGAACUGGCAGCAGAAUAGUGCCAUGUGUCUUAAAGAUCAUGAGAAUGCUGCUGCCGUUAGGAAUGGGAGGCUAGUGUUUUAAUUGGCUGCAGCUGAGCUCUGCGGAUCAGGAGACCUGUGUUCACAGCUCCUUAGCUUCCUUGCCUUGGGACUUGGAGAAUGUCACUUAUUUGUGAGUCACACAGAUUUGCUAGCAGGUGAUAUUUAUAAGGCAUUGUUUCUCUUGGAAAAUGCCACAUCAGCCUUUAACAUACUGUCUGACAUAGAACUGGGGUACAGCAGAAGGGUUUUUUGGGUGGUUGUUGCUUUUAAGUCUCUGAUCUCAGGCUUGCCCUGGGUUAAGUCGACUUUUCCAUAUUCAAGGCAGUAUCUAACCUGAAAGGGAACCUUUGUGUAGCCGUGGGAUAGAAGCAUCACGACUGCUUUUGCCUUUACAUAUUGAAUAAGUCCCAACUCAUGCUCUCUAGAGAAAGUCCAAUACCAGUUUAUAAUUUUUUCUUGCUCUUACUACUAACUAUCAAAAAACUUCUUUCAAAUAUAUAUGGAACAAAAGAUUAAUCUGUAAAUCUCUUAAGUACACAUAGGCUCUUGUUAUUGUUAUCUUUUGUUUUGAUGAAAUUGAUUGCCAUAGUUUCUGGAAAUGUUUAGUUAUAACCUGAAUCGAUUAAAAAAAAAAAAAAAACUUGCUUAACUUCUUGUGAUUCUUAAAACAAGCUCUGUUGAAUCAAUGAAUUCUAGACAAUUCCCAAGCCUAACUUAAAGCCUAAUUCUAUGUAAAGCAUUUAGUCUUUUUAAAAAAAGGGGGGAAGGGGGAAAGAGGAGAAAUCAGGUCCACAUACCCUUCAGUUUUGAAAGCAUCACUUAAAAUGCUUUUAAUUCUUAUCAGAUGCCUGAUUCUACACCAUCAAAUUCAGAAAUUGAGCCAAGAACAGAGCCCAGUACGAGUAGUAAUUUGGUGGCUUGUUUUUAUGAGUGCAGGAAUUUUGAUAUUUUAUAAUGUUUUAUGGAGUGGGAAAGUUGGGGUUGGGCCAGAGGUUUCCCUUCAUAUUUAUUUCUCUGUUAAAUUAGCCAGGGUGGGGAAAUAUUGAAAACUUUAUGUGUAUGUGAGGAUAGGAAGUCAACUCAUUUCAAAGCCCAGAAAACUUGUUAAAUGUAAACUUGCAGCUUGGUAUCGCAAAGUUUUUUUUUGUUUGCUUGUUUUGUUUUUUUUUUUUAAUCUGCACCCUAUAUAUAGUGUGCUACUCUGAUAUAAAUCUUAAACUCUAGGGCAAUAUUACUAUUUCAAAAAAUGUGAUGUACCUGAGCCUUUUUUGUUAUCUUUUUAUGAUGUGUAUAUGAAUUAAAUUCUUGCAACUGUAUGGACACUAUGCUUUCUGUUCUUAGAUAUAUUCUGAAAAACCACAGAUAUUUUACAAAGCCAAAAUGAGGAAAAAAUCCUCCACAUUGCCUCUUCUCAAUAUUGUGCCUUACCAAGUUGUGUUCUUCUGUUUUUACGUGCAGGUGAUACAAAGCAGAAUGUUUCACUUGAAAAUUCAAUGAGUUGGGUGGUAUGAAAUAAAUUUUUACCUGUAUAUAUUGCAUCUGCCUAUCUAAUGGAAAAUUUUCUUUUGGAAAUAAAUAAGGAAAUAAAUAAAUAAGGUCCAACCACCUCUUUAAAAAUA